GCCAGCUGGUGACCUCACGUUACCUCCGACCUCUGACCUGACGCUCGUGGGGAGGUGGGCCCACAGGAAGGUCGGCACUCGCAAUCUGCUCAACUGAUUUCCUGUGUUUAUCUUGUGGAACUUCGCAAAACGCAGGAAGUUGCCGAGAAGUGUAGUAGAGAGGAGGCAAGACCAGGAGGGAUAACGGUAUUAUAUUCGUCACCAUGCCGGUGUUUCACACACGGACCAUUGAAAGCAUCUUGGAGCCUGUAGCCCAGCAGGUCUCCCAACUGGUGAUUCUCCAUGAAGAGGCUGAAGAUGGCAACGCCAUGCCAGACCUGGCCCGGCCAGUCCAGGCUGUGUGUGCCGCUGUACAGAACCUGGUCAAGGUUGCGAAGGAGACAGCAGAAACCAGCCAGGAUGUGAUCCUGAAGCAGGAGAUGCCCAUCGCCUACACCCGGGUGGAGGAGGCCUCACACCUGCUGGUGGACGCCUCUGACAUGCUGCGGGCAGACCCGUACUCCAGACCGGCCAGGGAGAAGCUCAUAGAUGGUGCUCGAGGAAUUCUGUCUGGGACCUCCCAGUUGUUGCUGACGUUUGAUGAGGCAGAGGUGCGUAAGAUCAUCAGGGUGUGUAAGAGUGUGCUGGAGUACCUGGCCAUCGCUGAGGUGGUGGAGACUAUGGAAGACCUGGUCACUUUUGUCAAGAACCUGACCCCUGGUAUGACGGGGAUGUCUAAGAUGGUGGAUGCCCGUUCUAAGGAGCUGACCCACCAGCAGCACAGGGAGAGCCUGGCCCACUCCCUCCAGGUGGUGAAGGACCUCACACCUGUCCUCAUCUCCGGCAUCAAGAUCUUUGUCACCACUAGGAGACCACAAGAUGGUAAGGGAAUCCCAGAGGCCAUUGAGAACCGUAACUACGUUGUGAACAAGAUGUCUGCAGAGAUCAGCGAGAUCAUCCGCGUCCUGCAGCUGACGACGUAUGACGAGGACAGCUAUGAUGCUGACGACAUGACAGUGAUGAAGAAGGCCCUGGCCAGCUUCAUGGCUCGUCUGAACCAGGCCAGGGAGUGGCUACAGAACCCCAACUCAGAAGCCGGGUCUCUGGGUGAAAGAUCACUGAGACAAAUCAUUGAAGAUGCCCGGAGGAUCGGCGAGCGAUGUGUUGGGCCGGAGAGAGAUGAAAUCCUCAGGCUGUGCAGUGAGCUGACAGCCAUGGUGGACCAGCUGUCGGACUUCAAGGCCAAGGGAAUGGGAAACUCUCCAGAAGCUAUCAACCUGUCCAGGCAGAUCAUUGACCGGCUGUUGGACAUGGACAAGCGUGUGCAGCAGGCAGUGUCCAACUUCCAGCAGAGCGGCAUCAGGAAGCCAGCCCCCACCAUCGCUGGCAAGAUGGAACAGGCCAUGAGGUGGCUGAGUGCACCCACCAUGGAUGACAAGGGAUUAGGACAACAAGCGGUGCAUGAGCUGGUGAGGGAGGGGAGGAAGCUGGCGCAGACCUGCCAGGAGCCGGACAAGUCCGACCUGCUGAGGAAGUGUGACUCUGUGGAGAGGCUAGCCAGGCAGCUGGCCGACCUCGUCAACCAGGGCAAGGGAGACAGCCCAGAGGCCCAGGAGCUGGCCCGUACUGUGCAGGAGAAGUUGAAUGACCUGAGGAAGAAGAUGGACGAGACUCUGGUGAAGCAGAUUGCAGACGUGUUCCUGGACACCACAUCUGCACUUAAGCAGCUCAAUAAUGCUGCCCAUGCUCCUGCAGAUGCCCCCAACCGAGAGCCAGAAUUCGGCAACAAGGCAGGGAACUUUGACCAGCACUCUGCCCUGUUGACCCAGACUGCUGGGCGUGUGGCUGAUGCUGGCAGCUGUCAGAACAAGAAGACAGUGGAGGGCAUCAAGAGCACUGCUGGUGUGAUCCGAGACCUGACCCCACAAAUCAUCCAUGCUGGAAAGAUCCUGCUGGACAACCCAGACAAUCAGUCUAGCGGGUUCAACCUCCACCGAGCCGCCUCAGAGCACUUUGAACUCCUGAAGAGGGAGUGGAUGAACAACAUGGACAAGCUGACAUCUCUUGUGGAUGAUGCAGUGGACACUGUUGCAUUCAUCAAAGCCUGUGAGGAGGCCAUCGCCCGUGACAGUGAAAUGGUGAAAGUUGCCAUCAAGAAUGUGCAAGUACAGAGCGUGGUGAAUGGUGCCUCCAACAUCGCCCGCCGUGCCAACCGUGUGCUGAUGGUGGCCAAGAGGGAAGCCGACAACUCUGAGGACCCCAAGUUUGUGGACAGGGUGAACGAUGCAUCCGACACACUGGCAAGAUCUAUCAGCCCCAUGGUGGUGGAUGCCAAGUCUGUGGCCAGCAACCCCAAGGAUGCAAACUCCCAAGGGAGAUACUUUGACUCCAACACAAAGGAGAGUGCACAAAGGUUACCAGGGGAAAUGGAUACGUUGAGAGAUGCUGUUGCUGGUGUCCGUGAAGCUGUCACGGUUGUGGAUGAAGCUGCCCUGGCUGCAGCACAGGAGGCUGCCUUCCCACCACCACCUGACCUGAGCCAGCUCAAGCUGGGAGAUGCAGCACCACCAAGACCACCACUGCCAGAGCAUGAGACACCCCCUCCCAGACCACCACCCCCAGAGGAGGAGGAGGAGGAGAUCGCUUUCCCCACCCCCAAACCCAACCAGCCCAUCAUGACGGAUUCAGAAGAUGAAGAGAUGGCUUUCCCCGUAGAUCCCAAUGCCAACGAGAAAAUCAUGGUUGCAGCCCAUCAGCUUCACUUGGAAGCCCAGAAGUGGUCCAGCAAGGGCAACGAGAUUGUUGCAGCAGCCAAGAAGAUGGCGCUUCUUAUGGCAGAGAUGAGUCGCCUGGUCAGAGGUGAAGGCGGUAACAAGAGAGACCUUAUCCGAGUUGCAAAGGAGAUCGCUUUGGUCGCUGACGAGGUCACGCGAUUGGCCAAGGAAGUUGCCAAACAGUGCACAGACAAGAGGAUACGAACGAACCUACUGCAGGUUUGUGAGCGUAUCCCCACCAUCAGCACACAGCUGAAGAUCCUGUCCACAGUCAAGGCCACUAUGAUCGGACAGUCAACUCCAGAUUCCAAUACAGAUGUAGACAGUGAAGAAGUGGACCAGGCAACAGAGAUGUUGGUCCACAACGCUCAGAACCUCAUGCAGUCCGUGAAGGAGACCGUACGCGAGGCCGAGGCGGCCUCCAUCAAGAUCCGCACAGACGCAGGCAUCACGCUUCGCUGGGUUCGGAAGAAGCCAUGGUACCAGUGAAGUCCUUCUGUCUGACCUGAUGUGAACUUGUGAAACAGGAGUCCUAGGGGGAGGGGGGCACCUGCAGAGUUUGAUGUACUUACUGUUACCAUUGUGAGAUCAUUCAAUCAAUAUCUUUCAAUCACAAAGAGAGAGAAGAAUGUUGAGUAUGGUGCCCCCUAGCCCUCCUCUUGGAUUCCUGUUAGCUAACCAAUGACAUGGUGCUCAGGCAUGCAUAACGCAUGCACACUGCAACUUGAACUGUGACUAGUACUCAUGUUUUGAAAUUUGCUGUGUUGAGACUUAUACUGAUCAUUCUGACCAAAGUACUGUAAGGAUACCCAUUAUCAUGCAUUUUGCCACUCUUCUCAGAGAAUGCUCAGCAUCGUACUAAUAACUAUUCAAAAGUUUCAGGCAUGUUUUUAUAAAUGAAUUAUCACUCACAUGACCUGUAUCUCACUUACCUUUAUUUGCACUGGUAGGCAAUAAGAAUAGGAAUGCAUUGUUCCUUUUAGAUAGAUGGUCUGAAAAUGGUCAAAUCAUUGUUCUAAUGAUUACUAGUACAUGACAAACAUAAUUUUGCAUAAGACCCUUAGUCCUUUUGUGGCUAAGAUUGACAUGUUUUUUGUAAAACAUCAAAUUUUAUAUGACUCUUUAAAAAUGUAAUUCUUCCAUCAAUUAUUAAACACAUAAGCAAAAGGAGACAGGGCAUGUCUUCCUAUGAAAUUUCAAUGUUAUUUUGGGGAUGUCUCAAACAAAUCAGAGCUUAAGUAUUUCUUCAUGUAACUCUAAAAUGAUUCAUGAUGAUAUAGUAACUAUAGUAAAUGUGAUAUGCUUAGGAGUGCAAACAGUAGUGGUAGCAUUGCAGAAAAUCAUCAAUCUGAUGAUUGCAUUGCAGAUGAUAGCAUUGCAGAAAAUCAUCAGUCUGAUGAUUUUAUUUUUGACAAGGUUUGCCAUAAUAUAUGCGGUAAAAUGCUAGUACUUGUAUCUAUAUCUUUAUCUAGAUGCCUCUAUGUACAGAUAUAUAGAAAUAGCUAGCUUCAACAAACUGAGAAAUAUGUACAACUCAAAGGUAGUGUUUUAUAUUUACUAUCCUAUAGGCAAUAUUCAAAGAACUCAGAUAUUUUUAUAGACACUGCCUAGAACGUUGAUAGGUUGAAUGAGUCAAGUAUUGUUUAAAAAAAUAUGCAUUGUUUAUUGCAUUAAAUCCAGCAAGGACACUUUUCAGUGAAGUUAAAACAGUAUGCCAUCAAAAGUAUGGCUACCAUGAUACUAUACAUGUCAUGUACAUGUAUAUGCAUACAGUCAGUACCCCUUUUGGACAGUUGGACAUUAAACUUUCAACAGGGUUUGUGAGACAAAAAGUUAAUUAUGGUAAGCUGAAAGUUCACAAGGCAGCAAAGUGAUUUCUUGCAUGUAGCAUGUGUUUUCUAUGAGUUAUUAAGGAUUAUAUGAGAUGCUCUUGAUCUUCAGAUGUUACUUGCUUGUUAAAGUUCUAUUUGCAAAUAUUGGAUUAGAAAUAGAUUGCAUUGACCACUUUGUUUUGCAUAUAUCUACAUCAGAUUGCUAAGUUGUGUGUAUUCUAAGCUCAUAGAUAUUCCAAUUUAUUUAGUGUUAUAAUGUCAAAUUUUCUGUUUCUACAACAGGAAUUGUGCCUUAUGCAAUGAUGUGUUUAAGAAAGAAAUGAAUGCUGCACUUGGGUAGACUGACAAAUAAAAGAGAGAGAGCUUGCUUUA